UAAGUUAGACCAGGUGCAUAGAGUGGGUCGGACAUUUUGGGCGCCCCUGAGAACAAGUUGUUCAUCACACAGUUUGGUUCAGAAAGGAGCAUUAUUUUAUUCCUAGAGUGAGAUUAGUGACAGAUACACUCUGCAACAUCCAUGGAUUCUAACAAGUCAGGGGCCCCUCCAGGCUUUGAAGAUGAGAAAUCCGCAGCUGCUCUGAACCCCCCUCCUGCCUAUCAUGAUUACCCGGGAGCCGCUCAGCCUUUACAGCAGGGUUAUGGAUACCCCCAGCAGCAAGGUGUGGUAUACAACCAGCAGCCUUAUCCCAGCCAGCAGCACCCAGGACAGCCAGCUCCCAUCUCCAUGCAGCCCACCGUGUACGUAACCCAGGCUCCUCUGACCAGCCCGGUCAACGACUAUUUGGGCUACUCCAUCUUCACCAUGCUCUGCUGCUGCCUGCCUCUUGGAAUCGCAGCCCUGGUCUUCUCCAUCUUUACCCGUGAAGCUAACCACAGUGGUGAUCGGAUGUCCGCAGAGAGGAGUAGCAGAACCGCCAGGACGCUGAACCAUGUGGCCCUGGGACUCGGCAUUGGAAGCCUUAUCCUCCUCAUCAUUUAUGUGGCUGUGCUUAUGAACGUUGUUGCUAAGCAGUAAUUCCUUAAUUUCUUAUCUUUUCUUUGCAUGCUGCUUUUGCAUACCUUAUUAACGGCAUGUUUGAGUUGGUCCCGAGGGCCAAUAUUCUGCAGGUUUUAGAUGAGUCCCUGCUUUAGCUGAUUUAUAUUGAUGGCCAGGUAACGGGAUUUGCUGAACUGCAAUAUUCAGAGUGAACUGUGUUGAAGCGGAGAAAUAUUGAAAACCUGUAUGACGGCACCAUUGAGGACCGACUUUGGACAUGCCUGCAUUUCUAUAUUGCCAGCUAUCGCCUUGGAAAAAGAAGCCAUCCUAAAGUUGCUUUUUUUUCCUAAUAUGUUAAAAGAAUAUUAUCAGUGUGAUUGUGAUUAAUGCUUUGCUACUAAUGAGUCGGGAGUGAGUUGUAACCCUUCUCCGACAUUUUUAUUUUUGCAUCAAACCAAAGUCUUCUGUUUUUUCCAACAGAUCUCUGUUCUCAGACAAAAUCAGCAUAGCAUCUAAUAUGUAACCAGCUCCGUUAGUACCUCUAGACUGAUUUGUACCUGCUCUGUUCAACAUAAUUUCUCUUAUUGGCAGUGGUUUGUUCCUAUUCUUUUUUUAUAUUAACGCAUAAACAUUUUCUAAAUAAAGAAAUAUGUUAACCAUAUAUAC